GGAGAAUGGGAGCCGGAGUCCAGCGCAUUGGGCAGCUGCCCGUUUGAGGAAAGCAUGCUACUUGGCGAGCGUUUAUUUGGAUUUUUUGGGUGCCCCCCCCCGGAGGGUUGUAAACAGAAGCGUGUUUAUCUAUGGGAAACCGGUCGGUGUUGCCUUUCAAGGGGUACCUGAACCAACCCGGCGAGACGUCUUCUUUGCAGGAGGCAAAUCCUGGAAUGACCAGUGCUUUGGGGGGGGGGGCUGCAUUUGGUGGCGAUCCCAGAAGAGGCAUCUUCUCACUCAGAUUGUUUGAGCCGGCCUGCUCGUUUCCACUCCAAGUUGCGCGUGGGCAAAGCAGAAGAGCCAAACUCUCUAGGGACACCCUUUGGGGCUCACGCGGACCUGCUGCCGGGAGGAUCAGAUUGCAAGAGGAUGGGUCGAUGCUUGAGUUCCUCAACCUGGAUUGUACAGCGGGUUCUCCUCCCGGGCCCUGUGGUGUGAAUGGUUGCUUCCCAACACGUCCUGGUGUCGACUUGAAAUAAAAUCCCUUGCCAGUUUUCUGUUCAUGGCCUCCACCUCGGUAUUUUAGUUGCCAGCCCGCUUGCUUGGCCGAAGCAAGCCCCGGGGGAAAGAUGCUGGACCUCAGCUUCUUGACCGAAGAGGAGUAUGAGAAACUCAUGACCGUGCUGCAGAGGGACGCAGAGCUGAAGAAAAAGGAUGGCGAUCGUAUCAGACGACUGCAAGGCUCGCUGAAGGAUGGCAAGAAAAAGAAAUUUGUCACCGGCGAAUGGUUUCAUGAAGUGAAGGCACAGCGUUUCCGACAAGAACCGGAAGGCUCAGAUCUGCUUCGGGCUUCCAUUAAAAAGAAGAGCCGCGUGGAUGGUAAGAAUAAUGUGCACGCCCCAGAAAGUCUGGAAAGGGGAGAUGCUUCGUUGCCAUCUGAAGGGACGGCUUUGCCUUGCUGUCCAUCAGAAGAAGAAAGAUCCUGGGAACCUGCUCUGGAUUCAGCGGAAGAACACAGGCUCAGCCCUAAGCCCAGGUUGAGGCUGGCAUCCCUGACGGACAAGAGAUCCAGCCUAGAAGACAUCUCUCCAGCAGAUAGCGGAGUUGGUGUAAGCCCAUUCCUGAUGAUAAGAGGGGACUCACUGGAACAUGGGAAAGGCAGUGCAAUAUCCUUGGUGGCUUCUGCUAAGCAUUUGGAAGGGGAUCUUGAUGGUUUUUCUUACUCACCUGGAAUGGACGUUCCCGAUGCUCCCCAAAGCCCAUCAGAAAACUGGACAACCCAACCAGCUGUCCGUGAAGAAAUCUACCCUUCCAGCAGAAUCCCAGUUAAAAAAAAGUCUAGCAACGGGUCGUUCAGCCCCAGUGCAGACCAUGAUAAUGGAGGGGAAAGUCCCCAGUUGGGUCCAGCUAAGCGAGAAUCACUGAAGACCUCUAGGUUGCCAUCUCCUAGAGAGGAAGAGGGUCGGUCGAUCAAACAAGGACCCAAUUAUACCGUUUCUCCUGUCAAGGACGAGGAGAUCAGUCUAGAUUGGCAACAUUUCCAGAACUUGAAGAACUUUUGGGAAAAAGGGGGCGAGUCUGUUUUGGGUAAUUAUGGGUCUCAACCAUCAACGGAAAAAGGUGUCUGUGUUGAGGACAAUGGGAGGCCCUCCAGACUCCGCCGGUCGCUCUCAGCUCAGGCCAAUGAAAGCCAAAACAGUGACGACAAGCAGAGUUCUCACGUCCCACCACCGAAAUCCAGAAUCCCUUCCAGGAAGCCCUCUGUCUUGUCCUCCAGCGAGGACGAGCCCAGUUAUACGGUUCGCCAGAGGAAGGGAUCAGGGGGGCCGACCCUCCCCAGGUCCACCUACGCUAGAAGCAAAGGAGGGGCGGCUCACAGGAACAGCCUGAGUGAUGGAAACGGGAAGCCGUCUUCCUCUGUGGAGGAGGAGAAGAAAGCCCAGCGUGGCCCAAGAAGAUCGAGACUGCCCAUCCGAGUCCCGUCGGUCAACAUAGAGUCUCCGGCCAAAGAGUGGACGGGGACCCUUUUCGAGCCGGAGACUCCGGCUGAUGAGUUUGUCAUGGCCGAAGAAAGCAAACGCAAGAGGGAUUCAUUAGCAGGGAGGGUUCAGAUACUGAUAGAGUCGGCACCUUCGGAGGAUCUCGAGAAAGGGGGCAGCGAAGGGGAAGGAAGUUAUAGCUUGGAUGCUCCGGCCAACUUGGAAGAAGGCAAAGAAAUGUUACUUAAAGAAGAACCUCCACCAUCUGCUGAGAACUUCCCGGGAGAAGAACGUCCUGCAAGCGACCGAGAGGGUGUUCAAUACAUCGAUGCUGCCGUGCUUUCAGAGAGAAACGGGCCUCGCGUCCCUUCUGCCAAGAAAUUAGCUCGUACCAACGGCUACAGUCUUGCAAAAAGCAUGGUAAACCUUUAUACCACCACGGAAACCUAUACUAAGCCUCAAACGCUAACCCACCAGUACCUUGAGCCCGAGAGAGCAAAAGAUCUGAGCAAAUCCAGUCCUCUCCUGCUCUCUGAGACGGAGUCAGACACGGCCUCUGAGAUCAGCUUCCAGCUCAACGGGCACAAGAAGUCUCCGAGUGUCGGGAGCCACUCGUCCGGCAUGGCCUCUGUUUCUUCAGUGAGUGGAAGCGUCUUGAGUGUCUACAGUGGAGAUUUUGGGAAUGUCGAUGCCCAGGGGCUCGUUCAGUUUGCCUUGGAUUACGACGAGAAAAACAGAGAAUUCCAGAUAUUUGUUUCCCAGUGCAAAGACCUGGCUGUCGUGGAUGAGAAGAAAGCAAGGACGGACCCGUACGUCAAAACCUACCUGCUUCCAGACAAAGCACGAAUGGGGAAAAGGAAGACGUCUGUGAAAAAGAGGACCAUCAGCCCCAUUUACAAUGAGGUGUUGCGGUAUAAAAUAGAGAAGAUGGUUUUGCUGAUUCAGAAACUGAACCUUUCCGUCUGGCACAACGACCCUUUGGGGCGGAACAGCUUCUUGGGUGAAAUGGAAAUAGACCUGGCCGGCUGGGAUUGGAGAAACAAUAAACUGAACUGGUACAUGCUCAAACCACGGAGCCUUUCAGCCAACCACUGUGUCGGCCAUCGGGGGGUGAUGGACCUCGCCAUCAAAUACGUUCCUCCUGGAAGUCUAGGUUGGAAGACUCCUCCCUCUGGGGAGGUUCACAUCUGGGUAAAAGACACCAAAGACCUCCCCCAGUUGCGUCCCUCGGGCGUGGAUUCCUUCGUGAAAUGCUAUGUCCUUCCAGACACAAGUAAGAAAAGCUACCAAAAAACCCGAAUUAUCAAGAGAGAUUCAAAUCCCAUCUUCAACCAUACGAUUGUGUACGACGGGUUUCACACGGAAGAUCUGAAAGACGCCUGUGUGGAGUUGACUGUUUGGGAUCAUGAAAAACUAACCAAUCACUUCUUGGGAGGGAUCCGGCUGGGACUUGGGACAGGCUCUAGCUAUGGGAUAGUGGUUGACUGGAUGGACUCUACGCAGGAAGAAGUGGCCUUCUGGCAGGAAAUGAUGAUGACGGCGAAUGAAUGGAUCGAAGGAUCACUGCCUCUGCGCUCCUUGGCUGGGAAGAAGAAGCUAAAAUGAAAUCUGGGGCCACCAACGGAAGGAAAGGAGCCUGGAUGAAGGACAGAUGGAGGUGUCUCAUUGCCACGAUGCAUCCAGGACUUUUGACCAUCUCCUCAUCAUACAAGCCAUGAAGGGCUUGGUCUUCUCUCUUGUCCCAAAAGUCUGGUAAUCAGUGGAGAUGAAACUCUUGAAGAACUGCUGUUUACCUUUGGAAGGACGGGUGGAUCACGCCUUGAAGGAUCAUGAGAUUUUGGGUAUGUGUCCAAGAGGCAAGGGAGGUGUAAAUAUUUUGUAAAGGAGUUUGAAUGUGGCUUCCUUGCCUCUUCCAUAAUGGUUUGGUUCUCGUCGUCCUGUGCCGAGGAGGUCAACGCGCUUACAGGCCGACAGCGAGGAUCCAAAAGAAGUGUAUGGACUGAUGUAAACGCUACAUGGACGUUGGUGAGGAUGUGU